CUUAACCACAUAAUGAACCAGUCGAAGCAGAAAACGUGCGAAAAAAAGCUGAAAAUCGCCGAACAGAGAGUCAUAAAAAUUAUCAAUAAAAUUGAAUCGUUAAAACUAAAUAGCUCAUACAUUUCCCAAUUAGACUUUCAUGGAAAAGUAAGUGGGUAUAAAUUUAAAAUUGGGGAAACCAAGUGCCAUAUUGUGUUUUCCGUUGCAGUUGUGAUAAUUUCAUUAUUAAUAGCGAGGUGGUUGUAUGGAGAGAUUACGACAAAGAGUUGCCUACUGGAGCUACCUUACAACUCCAAAUCACUGUUCCGGCCACCGGAAGACUGUUCUAUGUGCAUUGGUGUGGACCACGUGGUGCGUGUUUCAAACAUCACCGCGCAAGAAUUCGAGGAGUUGUACGCGUAUGGAGCCACGCCCGUUAUUGUCACAGAUGCUACAGGAAACUGGAAGGCUAUUGAAGAUUUCACAUUCCAAUUCUUCGCGAAUUUCUACCGGGUGGGCAAAAUGGGCAAGCAAAUAAACGACUGCUUCUAUUUCGCCUACAAAUCUGGACUAAAUUCCUUGCAAGACGUGUUCGACAUGGAAGAGAGUAGAGCGAACCUGUCUGGAGACCCGUGGUAUGUUGGCUGGAGCACGUGUUACGAUGAGGAGACCAGACAACUGAGGACCUUCUACAAUCGACCAUAUUUCCUUCCAACGACAGCAGAGAGCGAUAUGGUCGACUGGGUGUUCAUGGGCGGACCGGGGCAAGGCGCUCAUAUGCAUAUAAUAUUACGUAGCAUUAUGUUGUUUGCAGUGGUGGUCGACACGAACAGGUGGUACCAUAAGACCAACGUGUUACCUGGCGACAUCAGCAUCACCAUCGGAGCAGAGUACGACUGAACUGCAGCCUCCGAAGCCUUGAACACCAUGCAAUUGCACCAAUGCAAUUUAUUCGUCAUCGUACCUUAUUUUAGUAUUUUUAACGCCCAUUAUUCAACUAUUAUUAUAAGAUAGUUCCAGUAUAUCCUUUGCUUUGUAAAAUUUUAUACACAUUUCCAUAAGACUUUCUAAACGAUGCUUAGGAACAGCCAGUUUGUGUUUAAAUCUAGUAUUAAUUUUAGGAAUAUAACUGUUUUAUUUUUAAUAAAG